AUGGUCCCCAAGCUCAAAGAUCCAUCCCUCUUCAAAAAGGACGUUUGCUACGUCAAUGGCGAAUGGGUAAAGGCCCACUCGGGGAAGACAUUUGAAGUCAACGACCCAGCAACAGGCAAGCUCAUCGGUACCUGCCCCGAAUUCGAUGCCCAAGACACCAAGAAAGCCAUCGAUGCCGCCGAGACCGCCUUCGAGACCUUCCGCCACAAGACGGGCCGCGAGCGCUCCAAGCUCCUGCGGAAAUGGUAUGACCUAAUGGUCGAGAACCACGAUGAUCUCACCACCCUUAUCACCUUGGAGAACGGCAAGCCGCUAGCGGACGCCAAGGGCGAAGUCACCUAUGCCGCCAACUUCUUCGAGUGGUUCAGCGAGGAAGCUCCCCGCAUCUAUGGCGACACCAUCCCCUCCUCAGUCCCGGGUAACCGCGUAUGGACCAUCAAGGAGCCCGUCGGCGUGUGCGGCCUCAUCACGCCCUGGAACUUCCCCGCCGCCAUGAUCACCCGCAAGGUCGGCCCUGCCUUGGCCGUCGGCUGCACCGUGGUGUGCAAAGCCCCCGGCGAGACGCCCUUCACGGCGCUGGCCAUUGCCGAGCUCGCCCACCGCGCCGGCAUUCCUCCCGGUGUCGUCAACGUGAUCACCGCCCUCGAAAACACCCCCGAGGUCGGCAGCACUUUGACCACUGACCCCGUGGUUCGCAAGAUCUCCUUCACGGGCUCCACGGCCGUCGGCAAGCUCCUCAUGAAGCAGUGCUCCGGCACGCUCAAGAAGCUCUCUCUUGAACUAGGCGGCAACGCGCCCUUCAUUGUCUUCGAUGACGCCGACGUGGACGCGGCCGUCACGGGCGCUAUCGCCUCCAAAUUCCGCUCCUCCGGCCAAACAUGCGUGUGCGCCAACCGCAUCUACGUGCAACGAGGGAUUUACGACGAGUUCUCCCAGAAAUUCGCCGAGCAGGUUAAGAACAACUUCCGGGUCGGCAACGGCUUCGAGGAAGGGGUCACGCACGGCCCACUGAUCCACCAUCGCGCCAUUGAGAAGGUCGAGCAGCACGUCCGCGACGCCGAGAAGAAGGGCGCCAAGGUGGUGGUGGGCGGCCACAGGCUCGAAAGCCUAGGCCCCAACUUUUACGAGCCGACCGUCAUCACGGGUAUGACCCCCGACAUGGCCAUGGCGUCGGAGGAGACCUUUGGACCGGUGGCUGGCUUGUUCCCCUUUGACACGGAGGAUGAGGUGGUCAAGCUGGCUAACGCGACCCAAGUCGGCUUGGCGGGCUAUUUCUUCUCUAGAGAUAUCCACCGCUGCGUGAGGGUUGCUGAACACCUUGAGGUUGGCAUGGUUGGUAUCAACACUGGCUUGAUUUCGGACCCCGCGAGUCCGUUUGGCGGUGUUAAAGAGAGUGGUUUCGGAAGGGAAGGAUCGCUUUAUGGUAUCGGAGAAUACCAGGUGACCAAGAUGGUUACGGUUGGAGGUAUGGGUAAGCCUUUACAGAAGUGA